AUAACUCAUGCCAAAAUCCAUGAAACAAUUAGAAGAGCAAAUUGAGAGGUUUAAAGAAGCUCUUUUUGAGGAUUCUGAUGCCACUGAUUCAGAUUCUUCUAUAGGAGAGUCAUUAACAAAUCGUGGAUUGAAAAGAAAAAGUAAUUCCAGGUCCGUCUAUUAUGGGUCUAUGGGCAAUUCGGUCGGUACUUCUGUCGACGUAGAUUACUACAGCAUUGGAAAUACAAAGCGUGGCGUUAUUUCCCAUUAUCGACGACGCGCUGAACCAGAAUGGUUAGACCACGAUAAUCCUUACCACGAUGUAAAUAUGAACGAAACCAUGGCUCCUUUGACCAAUCCACAAAACAUAUUUACGCAUCCUGGCAUUGCAUACAUAUUUGAACAGAAUUAUCUCAACAUCUUAGCUGCUUCAGCGCAUGAAAGUAUUUCUUCAGAACAUAAGUAUGCUGCUCAACUUCAGCAGUUACUGUCAGUUUUGCUGGGUGACGACCCAUCUCUCACACAAGCGCCUCAUGAGGUGUUUGGGAUCACUCCGGAGCAAUGUAAAGAGCUUAGCGGGACUGUACAGAAAGCUCUUGAAAAAAGCAGGGAAUUCAUUCGGUGUUGGUCAAAUGUACGGAUGGAUUUACUACGCGCGAUUCGCUUUAAAGACAAAGUUUUGACUUAUUGCCAAGGAGAAAAUUAUGAUGGUAUGGUGAAUCAUGAGGACAAAGAUGCUCAAAAAAACGAAUAAUUUUCACCAAAAAGAUGUUAUUGUUGCUUCUAUAAUGUAUUUCUGAUUACAGGAAACAGUGCCUUUUUUAUAUGUAUACCUUUUUUGUACAUUAAUUGUCUCAUUUAAUGGAUUAUCGAGUUCUUAUGUUUUCUAUCUUAAAACAAGCUGUUUAUAUAUUUUUUUGUUGAUUUGGGGAUUAGAGGAAAUGAAAAUCACCGGACUAGGAAAUUCUUUUCAUAAAACACGCAAGUAUACUUAAAUUAUGAUGAAACCGCUACUCUGAAUGAUAGAAUCUGGUCUACUAUGAAUCACUCAAAAGUCUUAAUUAAUAAACCCUCAAGUUUCAGCGUGCAUUUUUUUCCCUUAUGAUGAAAAUAUGAAGGAAAUUAUCUAGUGGAAACAAAUGAAUAUAUAUAUAAGCUUAGUUGGCCAUGAAGCAAAGGUCAUUUACGCUGCCAAAAUGCCGUUCUCGUAAUGUUUAUUAAUAUAUGCUGUGAUGAGAUUAUACUUUUUUAUUUUCCUAAAGGGCUAUUGCAAGAAGGCCGUCGUCAAACAACUUUCUGAAUCCGGAGAUCAUCGUCCUUAUUUGUCCUCUUUUCAUUAAAAAUUUCACCAAGAUAUGGACUGCUACUUCACUGCCCAGUGGCUACGAAUUAUUUCGCGAAAAACCGACACCAGGUUGUUUGUUACUUUAUAAAGAUCUAAGAUAUAGAUUUCUGCGGUGAUAGAUUCAGUGAAAGAUUGAUCAAGCGUGUGAUCAUCAGAAGCUUAUUGACCUCUGACUUUGUAUAAAAUGGUUUCCAUUGGACCCUUGUUCCUUUAAUUCUUUGAAACUUUUUACUCUCGUUUAAACGGGUUUUUUAUUCACUUUGCAGCCCUUAUAACCAGUCCUAUUUAAUCAAGCGAGUUAAUUCCAGCUACUACCAAUCUUUACACUCUAUCGCUGAGCAUCCUUAUAUUCCUUAUUGCAUCUUCUUAAUCACCAAGUCAAAUCAGUUUGACUGUCACCUAUUUAACCUACU